AUCUAGUUUCACUCCCUCAUUUUGGAAUGUAGAAAUUCGACCCAGAAAACUGAACUGAUCAGUCCAGACCCAAGUGGCUUGUGCAGCUCUGAGAAGAGAUGAGAAGCAUUUACUGCUCAGAUCCCAGCCCUCUAACAAUGACUUGAUAAGAAUCAUUUUCAGCUACGGAAAUUCCAGAAACUUGUCGCUAAGUAUUUAAGCAAAUGUUCUUCAUUUGACUUUCAUUUUCUUUUGGAGCUGUUCCUUGACAAGAACACACCCCAGACAGAAGCAGCAGUAUUUGCCAUUUGGUAAGAUUUAUUUGGAAUUUUGGGAAGGCACCAAGUUGUUUCUAGAGUUGUCCUGGGCUGCUAAGAAUGUGUGUCUGUUGAUCACUGGGACAUCAGGUGUUAUUUUUAUUUGAAUAUGCAUAAAUUACAAGGUUCUCUUGGGAUCAGCUGACAGCCCACUUUCCCUGCAGCUUUCAGAUUGGAGGAUCCUUCCUCAUGGUUUUGGCCUUUAUCCUCAGCUGUACCUUCCCUAGGGUUGUGGGAUUUCCCUUAAAAUCCUCAUUACUGCAAUUUAUUAAUGAGUAAGUCUUGAUUUCUGAGCUCGAACACUUCCUCCCACCAUACACACACACUUAGACCUGGUAAUCAAUUCUCCCCCCCCACACACACAAUUUAAGUAAUUAACAAGUUAAAGAAAAAUAUCCAGAACAACAUAAUAGAUUUAGGGCUAGAAAAUCAUGGGGGAAUAUUAUCCGGCCACAUAGAGAAAUGACGUUCUGAUACAAGCUACAUACAACAUGGUGAACCUCAAAAACAUUAUGCUAAGUGAAAUUAGCCAGACAGAAAAGGCCAAAUAUUGCAUGAUUCCACUUACAUGAAUACGCAAAUGCAUAGAAACAGAAAGCAGAUUAGUGGUUACCAGGGACAGGGAGGAGGAGAGAAUGGGGUUAUUUGCUUAAUGGGUGCUGAGCAUCUGCUUGUGGUGAUGAAAAAGUUUUGAAAAAAUAGUGAUGAUGGUUAGAAAAAACAAAAGAAAAUCAUGGGGAAGCAUACUGUAUGGGCUGAUCAAGGGCAGGCAUAGUUAUGUAUUGUGUCCUGGCUGAAGGGAGCUCUGGUGUGUAACCAGCUAGACUGCAUGUCCACCAAGAUCUGUGGUGACAUGGCUGACUGAGGGGGUCGUGAUGGAUGAUACCAUGCAGCAACAUCUUAGUUUAGGUAUUCACCAUGAGUCUUUCAGUCAACACCCAUCUUGGAACAAGAUGCAGAUUUUCCCUCAGCAAUUUACUGAAAGGUUUUUCAUUUCAGAGGUGGCACUCUAUGGUAGUGAAGAGGCUGGAAUGCAGAGGAGAGCUGUUCCGUGGACUUUCUAGUGGAGGUUGCAUCUCUAUUCUCUGACAAGUAUGGAGUAUUUUAAAAAAUGUCUCUUUACUAUCGGGGAGCAACUGGACAGUGAAGAGCUGGCCUCCCUGAAAUUCCUGUGCCUGGAACAUAUCCCACAAAAGAGCCAGGAACACAUCAAGACAGGCUUGAUGUUAUUUGAGAAACUCCAAGAUAAGGGAAUGUUGGAGGAGAACAAUCUGUCCUUCUUGAAAGAACUGCUUUUCCGCAUUCAAAGACUAGAUCUGUUGGCCAAUUACCUGAAGGUCAGCCAAGAGGAGAUGGAGAGGGAGCUUCAAGUACCUGGGAAGACUCAGAUUUUUGCCUACAGGCUCAUGCUUUUUCAGAUUUCACAAGAUAUAACUAAAGAAGACUUGGAUUCUUUCAAGUUUUUCUUGAGUCGGAAAAUUCCCAGAUCUAGACUAAAGGAUAACGUGACCUUCCUGGAUAUACUCAUUGAGAUGGAGAGAAAGGACAUAUUGGGGGAAAGAAAACUGGAUACCCUGAAAAAUAUUUGUGACCAAAUCAACAAAAACCUAGUGAAGAUAAUCGAAGACUAUGAAAACCUGGAGGAGGAGGCAGCUGUGUACAGGAUGGAUCGGAAACACAGAGGUCACUGUGUCAUUGUCAACAAUCACAACUUUACCACACAGGCAGCCAGACCAGGGACUCAUAGAGAUGCUGAGAGUCUGAAAUGCGUGUUUCAGUGGCUUGGGUUUGCAGUACGGGUAUACGAUGAUGUGACUAAAGCAGACCUGGAGAAGGCUCUGCAGGAAUAUAAGAGUCAUCCAGACCACGUUGACGGGGACUGCUUCGUGUGCUGUAUCCUGACCCAUGGGAACCUUGGAGCUGUUUACUCUUCAGACGGGGCCCUCAUUCCCAUUCAGGAGAUCACAUCUCACUUCACAGCCCAGCAGUGCCCUGGUCUGGCUCACAAACCCAAACUCUUUUUCAUCCAAGCCUGUCAAGGUGAUGAGAUACAACCUUCCGUAUCCAUUGAAGCAGAUGCUCUGAAUCCUGAGAAAGAACCCUUUUCCCCCAGGGAGGGGAGUCUCCAAGACAGCAUUCCUGUUGAGGCUGAUUUCCUGCUUGGCUUGGCCACUGUCCCAGGCUAUGUAUCCUUUCGACACCCGGAGAAAGGCAGCUGGUAUAUUCAGUCUCUGUGUAAUCAUCUGAAGGACUUGGUCCCAAGACAUGAAGACAUCUUAUCUAUCCUCACUGCUGUCAACAAUGAUGUGAGCCGGCAAGCAGACAAAGAUGGGACAAAGAAACAGAUGCCCCAGCCAGCUUUCACACUACGGAAGAAACUAAUAUUUCCUGUGCCACAGGAAACACUUUCCUUAUAGUAGAGUUUUCAUGGACUCUUAGACUUGAAAGGAACCUUGGACAUCUCCUCCUAUCCCACCCAGCAUAGGCAUCAGUGAUGAAUGGUGAGCUGGUCUCUGCCUGUCUUGUUUUCCAAUGCAGCCAUAUUUUUUUUUUGCCAAUCUGAAUGUUGGAUACCUUUCUUUGUUGAAGACUUGAAUUGUAGCCUUGCGUUUAGUUGUGCACUCAGUAGAAGUUCACUAUACUAUUCUGGGCCUUGGUUUGUUCAUCUGUGAAAUGAAAUGUGGGACCAGGUAGACUUUAAGAUUCCUUCUAGCUCGAAAAACUACUGUGACUGACAGCAUCUAGACUGAGCCGUGAUUUCCUUUCCAUUAUAACCAUCCAUUGGUUAUAAUUCUGUGUCUUCUGCUGCAUGGCCUGGAUGUAGACAUUGGACAAUGAGAUCAUGGCCUGCUGAUCCUCCCUCUACCCUUCCCCUUCUGAAGGCUUCUCUUCUGCACAUCUAUGGAGGUGAAAACUUAGCCUAUGCCAUGCCAUUUCCUUCUUCAAUGUAAGAGAGUUGUUUGUGCAAGAACUUUUUUUUUUGAGCUGGGGACAGUCUUGGCUCCAGGAACAUUAUGACUCAGGGCAAAAAGAAAAGCCACUCUGGAAGCAGAAACUUUACAAUCUUAUAUCAAAUUCUGUGUUGGUUAGGACCUUUCAGUUCCUGGUGCCAGAAUAUCCAACUCUACUGACUAAAGCAGAGAAUUUAUUGCCUCCUUUUCUUGAAAACUCAUGAGCCCAUAGGACUGGCUUCAGGUGAGGCUUGAUUCAGGACUCAAUCUACAGGAUGUCAUCUUUCUCUUGGCCAAGGAUUCUCGGGCUAUAGCUGCACUCUGCAGAGCUGCAGCCAACAGCCUCCACCUUGUCACUAAUACACUUUGCUCCUCUGGCCCCAAGAUGGGAGAGUGGGAGCCUCAGGGACUGAAGCUGUUCACAGAGAUCGUUGCUCUCUUCUCUUAACCAGAGGAGCAUCAUUUGGGUAUGACUUGUGGAGCAGGUGGCUAUGUACAGAAACCUUGAUAGUCUUUACAUUAAGGUUUUAAACGUUUUACGUACUUGC